AUGGCGUCGGCCCAGGACCGUCUGGCGCUGCUCCAGCGCAGCUGGACCUGUGUAGCAGAGGGCUACAACCGCUUGUUCGUGCCCCGCUUCAUGCCCUGGACGCUCGACACACUGAACCUCCUCGCUGGCAAGGCGCUGCCGGCCGGCACCAUCGCCGUGCCCUGCUGUGGCCCUGGCCAGGAGCUGCCGCUGGUGGCGGCGGCCUUCCCGCGUCACCGCGUGGUGGGCAUCGAUCUGGCUGAGGGCAUGGUGGAGAUGGCGCGGCAGCUGGUGGACAGCCAGGGCCUGGGGACCCGUGUGGAAAUGCCGCAGCCGGCCGAAGUUCUGGCCAGCUGGACCAGGGCCCUACAUCCAGGCGGCGUGCUGUCAGUCUGCUUCUGGCCGCCGACAGUGGAGGAGCGGGGCCCCUGGAAGCGCCUGGCUGACAUCACCCCCAGGUUCAAGCCCCCGGGGCAAUGGGAUGCCGACAUCCCAGGCGCCGCGCUGCUGGAGGGGGCUGAGCUGCUGCAGGACUCGCGGCCGGCACACGAGAUGGCGUGGCCAAGCGUGGCCGUCUUCUGGGAGAGCAUGACGCGGGCUGGUGAGCCCGCAUCCCCCAGCGCCUGCACCACACCUGCCUUGCUGCAGCAUGGGGAGCAGCGCCUGGAGGAGAUGAGGCGGCAUUUCAUGGAAGCCUACCCCGACCCAGAGGCGCCGCUGAGCCACACGCCCGCCGCACGCCUAAUCUGCCUGCGCCGCCUGGUGGCCUCCUCUCUGUAG